GGCCAUGGAGCAGGGUGGUGCGAACUCUCUUAGUCGACCCGCGUCUACGCUGGCGGGGUACACGGUACCGCUCCGUCAGUCUAUUCCGGUCGCUGUUCUAGCAUGGACGAGCGAUAAUCGCAGUAGCAUUAGAGCAGCAGUCGCUGUUGCUCGCACCAAUUCGUGGACCGUGCGUGCGUGCAGUCGUGCCGCGUGCUUAGAGAGCUCCCAGUGACGCGCAUUCUCGCCGUGCCGAUAGUGCUGAAAAGAGGCGCAAAAGCCGUAGCUGCGAGAGAAACCGGGGGGGGAAAAUUUACACACGAAAAAGGUGAUUUCAAGUGGAAGUGAUCCGUGAUUUUUUUCACUUCUCUGUUUUGUGUGCGUUUUUGUGAGGUUUAUGUUAAGAGAGGAAGAAACAAAACGGUCCAUAUAAAAGAUCGAUCGUUCGAUUGGAAAUUGCAACAUCUGAAGCUAAGGACCAUCAACAAAACAGUAUCGGUCCUCCCGAAGAUCCAUUAGUCGCGUGCCGAAGGUGUCGGCCAACAUUCAACUUAAGUCACCUUUCACACAGCGGGCGAUGCCCUCGCGUAUGCCGCCCGGUUUGCCGGGACACAUCUGUUUCGACUCUAUCGACACCGAGCAGUUGACCGUAAUUGAUUAUCUGCUCGGAACCAAACGAUCCAGAUAUUCCAGGCCGUACGGUGCGUACGAACUCGUAACGGCAACAAGCGAACCAAACAAACGCGUGCCGCCAAUGUCGCGGACUCGGAAGUCGGAUCAGCAAACGACAAAGCGCCUUUUCGCGGUCGUUAUCUCGUGCAGUGGAACCUGUAGGCAAUAGCGCAUGCGAUUUGUCGAGCACGGGACGCAUCUGUUGACCACCCAGACCGAGGGAGCUGUCGCCCGUUCUUAGAAGUUUCACGAGAGGGUUACUGAACGCCCUCGAGAACGUGACAUGCGGUAGAGAUGUAAACGGAUCGUUAAACCUUCCCCGGAACUGAGCUGUCUUCCUUGCUAGAUAGAACGUUGGCUAUCUAAGGGCGGCAUGAGUGAGGAUCCUUGAUAGACCGGCCAAACAAAGCGUCCCAUUUAUUCUUCACAGAAUUCUUAACAAGUGCUUAGGAUACAGGGGUGGAAUACCUCAAAAAAAAGCAACUCAGUUGAAGCUUAUCAACUGCUAAAUGCCAUUUUGCUGAGACCUAUCAACCUUAUUAUUCCUUAUUGGUUUUCGGGAUAAUCACCAGACGCAAAAGUAGGCUGUGACCUACCUACAAACAGACCAGCACACUACGAUGAUGCCAUAAUGAACUGUCAACUGCGUACUACCGUAAACAGCCUGUUGCUAUAAAAAGAAAUCCAGUGCCAAUGUGAUUGAGCGAAACUAAUGCCAGCGGUAGACUUCUUGUCUCUGAUACAUCCAAAGAAACAACAAAGCAAACACCCCCCCACACCACCAAACAUGACCGACUCACGCAAACCACCCGCGAAGGUUGUUCCAGUUCAUCGGGGGAAACUUCAAACCUCAAACGCCAUCACCAUGGCCGAUACCUGCCAGCGAGCCUGGAUCGAAAGUGAUAGACACCGGAGCCAGCCAGAAUCGGAACGGGAACCAUUCCUUACCACCGGCAGUGGUUCGGAAGCGAGCGAAACGUCCAGCCUCGAAUGCGAACAGUUGUGUACGGGGACACGCGCGCGGGAAAAGAAAAAGGCGCGCAUUUUCUCCAUCGAUCUUGAGCGAGGGCUCGGUGGUGGGCGAUGUGAUAGGGCCGCCGAACCUGGAACACCGUCGGGUUCGGUCGGUUCAACCGGGACGAGCAGUGUCGGGGGGAGCAGCAGUAACGAUGAUUCUCACAGCGAUGCCAAACUAGUCGAUAAGCUGCGAAAGGUGAACCGCCGGAAGCGGAAACAGCGGCCAGCGAGCAGGACGGCGAAGUUGCUCCAGUUGUGUCAGUGCUGUCCUUGGACCGUGCCAUGGAGUCUGCUGAUUGUCAGUGCCCUGCAGAUCGCCAUCUUUACUUACAAUAACGAUGCCAUUAACCAGCAACUCAUCUUCUCACCCGUGAAGCAGUACGAGGUUUGGCGCUUCGUAACGUACACCUUUCUUCACGCGGGAAAUGUACAUCUUGUGCUUAAUAUCAUCAUACAGAUUCUCGUAGCAUUUCCACUGGAAACGGAACAAGGUCACGGGAAGGUGCUGCUCGUCUACUUUGCCGGUACGCUGGCCGGUGCUUUAGGUGCUUCCGUCUUUGAGCCUACCCUGAUGGUUGGUGCAUCCGCCGGUGUGUACUGCUUGCUCAUGAGUCACAUACCACAUAUCAUCAUGAACUUCCGCACGCUGUCCUACCGCUACUAUCGACUCAUUGCCGUGCUGAUGCUGUGCAUUAGCGACGUCAUGUACUCCAUCCGUCACUGCCUUACCAAAGGAAAUCUGCAGCCCCGUAUCGGUGUGGCGGCUCACAUAAGCGGUGCCCUCUGUGGACUGUUGAUAGGUUUCGUCGUCUAUCGGUCAAAGGUGGCACCGGACACCACCAAAGAGGUUGCAGUGUUUCGCGCUCUGCGAUACCUAGCGUCGGUAUUGCUGCUGGCGUGGCUGGGCUGUACCGUGCUCUACAACCUCGACCGAAGCCAUGUGAUUCAGAUCCUCUAGCCAUCUAGUGUGUCAAGAUAGUCAAAAUGUAAGUUAAGUUUCGAAACGCCCAAUGAUCUACGCAAAACCAAUUUGUACAGUAACGCGUGAGAGUAAGACCAAACAACGUUUUUUUUUAUGACAUAUUUA